AUGGAUUCUUCACGUCUAUACUAUAGAUACGGCUACUACUCGAAUGCUGAUACCCGACCUCCUCCUGUUGAGAACUUUGAUGACUCUGUCGAUGUGGCACAAAGUUCUGGAUACGACCAAAGACGAGACUUUGUGCCUUCUCCUGUAGAAGGCUAUGGUAGCAACUCACGACAAGACAAUCCCUUUGCUCCACGCACUAGUGCUGGAGCUGAUACUGAUUUGCGUUCCACGCAGGAAUAUGGUGGAAGAGAAUAUCUUCCGAAUCUUCCGAAUCGUUCCACAGAAAGCUACAACAUCAACACGGAAUCUGACAAUCCCUUCCUUCCACAAUGGUCCAGCGCCGGAGGUAGUGCUCAGUUCCACUCCACACAAGUAUAUGAUGAGUAUGGCGAUCCAUCCUACUCGCCUGUCCAAGACUAUAGAGAGAGAUCUAGAUACGACCAAACGGAGAGUUUCCAGAGUCGUUCCCGAUACCGUACGAUUUAUCCUCAGACAACCACAACAGAAGCUUAUGCACCACAAGUAUUUGAUAACACUUUUGCAUUUGACACCUCUAGUUCUCCGCUUCGCAACAUCCCGACUCUUGGCUAUGAGUUUGAAUAUCGUACCAACGAGAUAUCUUACAAUCCGUUUGCUUCUUCAGCCUCAACAGCCCAGUCUCACUACUUACAAGCUCCUUACUACCAGGGUGUUUCUGCAGGACCUUCUUACAAUCAGGGCCUUUGUUCUCAAAGCCUAGGCUCCAAGUAUCAUGACCACCGUCAGUAUGGGGGCUCGUACGACAAGACACAGCAAGAUCGCCAGAACCAGAAUCAGUAUACUCCCAAAGGAUCACGCGCUGUCACACUUUUUUGUGUGAAUUGUAAACUCCUGACAGAAGAGACAGCCGUCCGUUGCGGUCCUUGUAACGAGACGCAUCAGCGAAACAUUGUCGAGGGCACGGCUUCGUUGGAAACUCGGUAUUGCAUUAUAUGCCGUGUGCACAUUUCUGGAUUGGACAUCACCUGCAAAGACCAUCGCGGCCAAAAGCGCAUCAACGUCAAGCAAAAACGUCUUCUUGCAGAGAAUGGGGACUUGUGUCGUGACUGUUUCUCAUGUGAAGCAAAGACAGGCAAAAAUCGCGAAUUUUGA